AGGGGUCGUUUCCUAAUGCACACACAGGGUGCUUUUUAGAAGACAACUGGUUUGCCAGCAGUGAAAGCACUAGACCACCCAGUACUAGAUCAGCCAAGCAUCCGUUUUCUGCUAAGGCCUCACAUUUACAAGGUGAGAUAGAUGCCAAGAUAACAUUGGCUGAGCAACCACUAGGUGCCAUGCCCUGAGAUUUUUCUCUCCUUCCCUCAGAAACUCCGGGGGGUCCAAGCAAGCCUAAAAGUUCUCCUGACUGAUUCCUCAAGAAAAGUACUGCCUGACCUAACUACCCCAAGUCUGUCUGUUUCCCUCUCUACCUUCCUACGCCCCCCCCCCCCCACGCACAAGGCACAAGGCAGGGAAGGGUCUAGGCUCAGUAAGCUGUACCCUUGGGCAGUUUCACAGAAGAGCCUCCAGUCUCCAGCUGGCAGCUGCUAGGACCAAGGGGGUUGGCGCCAGGCCCUGCCCCUCCCUUACUAGCUGUGUGUCUCCAAAGGGCAGCAUCAGAGUGACAGCCGGUACCAUCUCCGCAGAGGCUGAGUUGCUGGAGCUGGGCUAGGGCAGGGGGAGAAAGCCCAGCCAGGCUCAGCCUUGCAUCCAUCCAUAGGGCCCACCAAACCCCAGAAGAAGAUGGCAGCCUGGGCAUCGGAAUCACCUCCUGGGCAACCUACGAGGUGAGGGGCCCCCCCGAGGAGCACGGGACAGGUUAUGGGAAUCCUGGCGCUGGAGGCUCCAUUUCGCUCUCCCUACAGCAGCCCCAGUGAAGCCUGAGCGCUCAGACGGCUAACAACACGGGGAUGAGCGCCACCGAACUCGCGGGCUCGGUGGGGUUGAUCCUGGCGGUUCUCGUAGAAGUGGGGGCCGUGCUGGGCAACGGCACGCUGCUCGUGGUGGUGCUGCGCACGCCCGGGCUGCAAGAUGCCUUCUACCUGGCGCACCUGUGCGUUGUGGACCUGCUGGCAGCCGCCUCCAUCAUGCCUCUGGGCCUGCUGGCCGGGCCGCCCGGGCUGGGCAGUGUGCCCCUGGACCCCUCAUCGUGUCGCGCCGCCCGCUUCCUCUCGGCGGCUCUGCUCCCCGCCUGCACGCUCGGCGUGGCUGCGCUCGGACUGGCGCGCUACCGUCUCAUAGUGCACCCGCUGCGGCCAGGCGCGCGACCGGCACCGGCGCUAGUGCUCACCGCGGUGUGGGCGGCGGCCGCGCUCCUGGGCGCGCUCUCCUUGCUCGGGCCACCUCCCGCGCCGCCUCCGGCUCCAGCUCGCUGCUCCGUGCUGGCCGGGGGGCUCGGGCCCUUCCGGCCGCUCUGGGCGCUGCUGGCCUUCGCACUGCCCGCCCUCCUGCUGCUGGCCGCCUACGGUAGCAUCUUCCUGGUGGCGCGGCGCGCCGCCCUCCGGCCCCCGCGAGGGACCCGGCUCCGCUCCGACUCUCUGGACAGCCGCCUCUCCUUCUUGCCAUCCCUCCGGCCACGUCUACUCGGGGGCAAGGCGGCCCUGGCCCCAGCUCUGGCCGUGGGCCAGUUUGCAGCCUGCUGGCUGCCUUAUGGCUGCGCGUGCUUGGCGCCCGCGGCGCGCGCUGCAGCCGCCGAGGCGGCAGUCACCUGGGUAGCCUACUCCGCCUUCGCCGCUCACCCCUUCCUCUAUGGCCUGCUGCAGCGCCCUGUGCGCUUGGCGCUGGGCCGCCUCACUCGCCGGGCGCUGCCUCGGCCCCCGAAAGUCCGCAUGCCGCAGGCCUGGCACCCGCGGACACUCCUUCAGCGCCUCCAGGGACUGCGCAAGGACCCUGCCCUAGGCCCUUCCGAGGCACCAGAGCAGACCCCAGAAUUGGCAGGACAGAGCUCGAGUGUGUCAGAGGCCACCUGAGAGAUUUCUCCUGAGCUGGAGAAAGGAAGGUGGGAUCAGAGGGGCACAUCUCCCCCCUGUACAGGCUAUGGCGGGCACCGUACCCGGACUGCUGGCUCUGAAACCGGAGAGAGGGUGGUGCUCAGUCUUAGGAACCUGAUUCCUGAUUCCUGAACACAGGAAUACUACCUGUGUUCCUUUCCCGGGGCCUCGGUCUUUCCCAUCUGUAUCCUGUAUCCCAUUUCCUAAGGACCUCCCCAGGGCAGGCUUUUUAAAUUCAUAGCUACUCCCUGGCCCAGAGGGGAGAGAUGCAGGCACGGUCACAGAGAAGAGGGGCCUAAGAGCUCACAGCCAAAGAAUGAGCGAAGCGGGACAGGGUCUGGGUUACAGCCACAGCAGUGGAGAGACGUUCAGAAGAUAUCCCCGCCAUCUGUGCCACGGAGACGUCGGACAGUUUGACUCGAAGUCAUUACUUAAAUGGUUUGGUGCUAAAGGCGGGAGACGGAACACGUGACCCAUGAAAGGGUCCUGCGAUUUCAUCCCAGAACGGACAUGUGGAAGGGGCGGUGGACCA